AUGGAUGCUUUUCUUACGAGGCUCACGCAGCAGGCGAUGAACUAUGCCAUUCGCUCAGGCAUAGCUAUCACUGCAAAAUAUGCCAUCAGUCAAUCGUCUCGCUUACUCAAAAACGUUGACGAUGGUGAAGAGAGGGAAGAGCUACUCACGCUUCAGCACCGACUGGAAAGCAAGAUACAGGUCAUUUCACCUGCCAUUGAUAUGAUUGAACUCAUUGCUGCAAGAGGCAAUACGUCACUAGAGUCAGCCGUGUUUCUCACAAAAUCUCUUCGCUGGGAUAUACAAUCCCUUGGGCAGCGACUAGCAAAGACUGCUGCAUCUGAAGAACUGUAUCUUAGAGGGGCAAACCCCAAAAGAGACCGUUCCCAACACAAGGCGGAGAUCAGGCUUAUCAUCAAAGAUAUCAAAAGACUUCUUGUUCGUAUCGAGGAUGCAGUACCGCUGAUGAACUUGGCUAUCACGACGUCGGGUGCUAAGCUAUCGACAAACCUGCCAUCGAGUGUGUCUCCAUCCCGACUGCUGCAGGCAAGCACCUUCCUGACUGCUGGCGAUACGCAAUACUCUAUGUACCCGUCUCAAGCGGUCCAGAUCGGCCCCACAUUUACUCUGUCUAUGUACAUGCUCUUUUCCAGCCACCUUCGGCCGCAUGAUGAAGAAGGUAUCCGCGAAGCAACCUGGAAGGAAGUUAUGCACAAGGCGCGUUUGAAGCUCCGCAGGGUGCCUAUGGACCUAGCUGCAAUUCCUCAGUCCGAAACACCACAUUUCAAACUUCCUGCCGAAGCAAGGAUGGACGAAUUUGCCUACCAGGUGUUGAUUAUCGAAGAUUUGGAUGAUGGCAGAGUCCAUUCGUUUGACGAAAGUGAACCGCAACCUCACAGCUACGAAGGUGUCAGCACCGCAGGACUACGCGAAAUUCUCCCAAUCCACGAGAUUUCCAAGAUCUUCUAUGCAGACACCGGCAAGAUUUUAAAUAUAAACACUGAGGGAGAGACCAACAACCCUGUUCUCCUUCUGAAGAGAGACAUCAAUGCCAUCCCACCCCGACGGAUGGUCGAACGGGACGAAAGCUUGUCCGGCCUUACCCCCGAGGAUCCCCAAGAGGACGACGAGGAGGAGUUCGACGAGAUUCAAGCCCAGCUAGACGCCCAACUCAACGAGGCAAACACCAACCCCGGACUACCUAGUUUCCAUAAAAGCUCCAUCCCCGAGGAAUGGCGACUCCCCAAAGACCUCGACCCCGAAUGGAUUGCAUUCGAAGUCUACAACGAAGAAGAAUCAUCAGAUUCCGAAUCCGAAGCAGAAGAAGACCAUACCUCGCCGUCCAGAGCAGGAUCCAUCGACCCCGAAAGGAUGGCGAAGCUUUCUCUCCACGACAACACAGCUACGCCAUCUCGCCGCAGCACCCCUUCUUCAACGCAGCGCAUAUCCACAGCCACCGUCUCAAACCCCCACUUCAACAACAUCCGGACAUCCCUAUCCCUCUUAGAGACCCUUCUCCGCCUCACCUCCCUUCAACAAUUUCAGCAACAAUCCCACCUAUCCAUCAGCGACGAACUUCUCAACUUCUUCCUUGAGGAAUCCUCAACCACCGGCGCCGGAGGCGACGAACAACACCGCCAACGGCUCCGCGCUGACGCAAGACGCAGAGUCGGCUGGGAUCCGUAUGACGAGAGCCCCGUCAAACGAAGAGGCGAGGACUAUCAGUACGCAUGGACCUCGGAGGGCACUCCGCUCAGAUUCUCGCGCGAGACAAGCGAAAUGCCCUACUCGCCUGGCGAUAGCAGAACCAAAGGAUUCCAUCUACGGUCCCGAGAAAACACCCCCGAGACACCGCUACGGUACGGACGCUCCGCCUCUGUACAGUCGUCGGAUCUGAAAUCCCGUGGUGCUCGGCGCGGAGGACCAUCGUCGGCUGUUCUUGCUAGUGAGAGGUCGAGGGGAGGGUCUCCUCUUUCUAGGAAGUCCACGCCGGGUCCUGUUGUGGAAGGCGUGGAUGCUGAUGCUGAUGGUCCGUCGGAAGGAUAG